GCGCUCUCGGGCUUCAAGAGGCCUCGUCGGCCCGCGGAGGGCGGUUUGGGCCCAGCCGUCUGAUCCGGGGCAGAUCCUGUGGCCGAGAUGCGCUUCCUGGCGGUGUCCCUGGUUCUUGUGGCCCUGUGUCAGGCCCAGACUCUCCACAAGGGAAAAGCGUGCGGGGCACCAGACAUGCCGCUGCAUAGCACCUGUAUAUGCCAACCCCCCCUGUGCCAAGGGGCCCUGGACUCUGGCACCUUUAAAGAGGACACCGAGCUGAAGUGCUACUGCCAUCCUGGUUACGGCCAAGCCGGUCUGCCUGGUGUUUCCAUCUGCCGCGGAGGAAAGUGGGACGUGGUGCAGGAUGUCCUUUGCAAGCCCCAAGAAACCUCUACAGCUCCAGGUGGCGGUAACCUGACUCUUCUCGUCUCCACCUCUUUGACAGCAGCAGCUUCGGUGGUUCUUUCGGCUUUAAUCUUUGCAGUUGUGCUGUGUGUGCUAGUGAAGCCCAAGCCCUGCUCUUGCAGCUACCGCAGCCAGGUGUACGAAGUUUUGGAGGAGCCGGACUUGGUCGUGGUGGAGGGCAUGGAGGAGCCAGGCACAACUCACAGGGAGGACACCCCAGAACCCCUUCCCUCCUACGAAGAAGCGGUCUGUGGUCACACGGGGGCCCCCUCGCCAGCUGGCAGCCAGUGGCAAAUGCCCCUUGUCCUUUCAGCCCAACCAGAACUGUCUGAUGGCAGCCCUGUGGCUGGGGGGCCCGUGGAGGUGGUUGACCCACCCCCCUCAUACCAAGAAGCCAUGGCAGCAGCCUGCACCCUCCCAGAGAAUGCUCCAGGGAAGUGAGCCAUCGGCAAGGUGGGCAAUGCUGUCCUUGUUUCUCCUGGAAAGGUGAACUGAGCUCAGUGGCGGGGUCCAGGAGCCCCUGUGCCUUGGGGCUGAUCCCCCUGCUCCAAAGGACUUCCUCAUCCAGUGGGGGCCUCAGCAGUUGGAAGUGCCCCAGUGACGGCUGGGGCUCCCCAAUCAAGCCACACCCCCUUCUAUCAGGGAUGCUGCGGGAGUGGAAAGGGGGCAGGCUCAAGCACCCACGCAGGGGGGCCAGGGCGCCUCUUUCCUAGCCCCGAAGGGCCCGCUUCUUCCAAGCAGCAACUGCUCUCUUUCUUGAUUCAGAUUCUCUCCGACAUCUUCCUGUUUUGGAUGGAGAUUCUCUUGAGUUUUCUUUUUAAUUGCAGUUUUUCUUAUUUGUUACAUGGUUUUAUUGAAGCUGCUAUGGGGCCUUCAAAGUACAGUGUGUGCUGAUUGGGAACGGGGCGUUUCCAUAGCAUUGCGGGGUGCGGAUGUGGGGGGAGGCAUUGGACCUCUUUCUCACCUGAAGUUUACAUUGGUGCUAACUCCAGGAUAAGUACCCUGUACGUACUGGCCCUGAUUAUGUUAAUACUCUCAAUGGUGGUGGUGUUUUAAAACUUUACCUUUAUUCUGGGAUCAUUCUCCCCCCCCCCUUUUAGUGCAGUAUGAACUUUCAAACUACAAGGUGUUAAUAAGGUAGAAAUGAGGGCGGAAUGAGUUCCAGAAGUCCCCCCAUACCUUUAUUAAACG